GGGACGCGGGCAGCGGUGGACUCGCAGUCCAGUGUCGGUCGGUGCAGGACGUGCAAGUAUCCUGUCUUAUAUUGUGUAACGUUUUAAGGCUCUUUAUGCGAGAAAGAUUUACCCUUUACUGUUGAUAAGCUUUACACGCAUGUUUCAUCGUAACUGGAGGGAAAAGUUCAGUAUUAGUGAUGCCACGGAGAUGACGCCUGUAAUUUUUGGCUAGGUUUUUUACUAAAAAAAUAAAGCUAAGUAUAAUAUUUUGCUAACGCUAAAGAAACAUAACAUAUAUAAAAAUGCGAACGGCGUUUCUUCGACAUGUCCGACGUUUCCCGUGGGUCACCAACGUGACUCUGUACGGCGGUCUGUUCGCUGGAGGGGACUUCGUCCACCAGUGGUUCUCCCACAGGGAGCAGCUGGACUGGAGGCACACACGGAACGUUGCCGUGGUCGCGUUCAGUUUCCAUGGCAACUUCAAUUUCUUCUGGAUGCGGUUCCUGGAGCGAAGGUUUCCCGGGAAUUCUGCCGGAAUGGUGAUGAGGAAGCUGUUGUUGGACCAGACCACAGCGGCGCCCCUGGCUACCAGCGUGUUCUACACAGGUGUCAGCUUCUUGGAGGGCAAAGAUGACAUAACAGAAGACUGGAGAGAAAAAUUCCUGAACACUUAUAAAACGGGGCUAAUGUUCUGGCCUUUUAUGCAGUUUCUGAACUUUGCGUUGGUGCCUCUGUAUGUGCGGACCACCUUCACCGGCUGCUGUGCGUUUGUAUGGGCCAUCUUUCUUUGCUUUUCUCGUCAGAGCGGUGAUGGCACAGCUGGUGCUGCUUUAGCAUGGUUGUUCCCUCCUGAAGAGAGUGAAGCAGAAUCCACAAAGGAGAACUCAAACUCCAAGGAAAAGAUGGAUGCUCCCAAAGAGGCAAUUGUAGCAUCUAAACCUGCUCAGAAGUGAAGUGAGUCAUUGUGUAAUGGAGGGGGACAAGAUGUAAGCAGAACAAGCCUGAACAACAGGCUGUUGUAGUGCAGUCAUGCCAGAGGCUGAUGUUGAUCUAUCACUGUCAGGGUUUCAGUUUAGUCCUCUGGGUUAAAUAAGAAUGUGCUUCCUUAUGACGCUGUAAGAUAGAUCAGAAAACAGUUUCCAGCAGCUGGAAUGGAUUUAACAUAUCUUUUUGAUAUUUAUACAGCACAUCUCUGUGAGAAAAUGUAAUUAAGUCCUCUGACUCUAUUCCACAGUAAGUCGUCAUCAUGAGGAAUUUCUUGUUAGGUUCCCUUGUUGUUUGUGUCAUAAAUGCUUUCUUGUGUUCUCUCAUUUAGAAACACAGAGUUUCAUUAUUUGACUGGACCAUGUUAAAUGUUGUUGCAUUGAUUUGUAAGGACUUCCUUACCUGGUACAGAAGCGGCGUUGUUGCAUGAAUGCUCCACAUUCCUAUGCUUGACAUCAGUAUGCAAAACUGGAGUGAGAGAGGGGAAUAUGUAUGUCCACAAUGUGUACAGGCAGCUACAAUAUUAGCUUGAGUUUUAAAACCUCAACAAGUUUGGUACAUUUAAAGCUAUUUGAAUAUCACCUGCUCUUUAUUACAAAAUGUGAUUAUACUGUUAUGUGUGACUGAAUCAGAAUGCUUGAUCUCUAAGGACUAUCGGUCUGCUUCCAGUUAUACAAAUACAAAAGGACACGGUGACCUGUAUCUGUUCUUUUCUAGACAGUGUAGAACCGAAUCUAUAAUAAGUCUUUCUGUUAUUAAUUUAUAGGAAUGUACUUUAUACACUAAGGGCUAAGAAGAGAAGACAGGAAAUGAAGUGUUUAUUAUAAAACAAAAACAUUAAAACAUAUCAGUACGUAAACAUUUAAUUUACAGAAUUAAACUCAUAUCCCUUUUACAUCUGAAUGUUGUGAAAAUGUGAUACUACUGAGGAUCGCUAUGAGGUGAUCCAUAAAGGUUUCCUCAAACAUCCAAUAACUUGAAAGUGGAAAUGCUGCCUUCUUCUUUUCACGCUUUAUGUCAAUGUCAAAUUGUUGAAUGCUGUCUCUUUGCAUCAUUUUUAAGUUUUAAACACUGUCCUUUACAUUUUGUUGAUUUGACCCCUAAAUUAGAUAGUUGUCAUGUGUUUUUCUCACUUGCGUUGAUUCUUGAAAUGUAAAUGUCAGACCCCUCUGACAGGAAGAGUUCACUUUGUAAUGGAGUAGAGAUCAGUUUAAGAGCUCACUGAAGAAUUUAAAAGUUCAGGGCAAAUGAUUUCUCAGGCAAUUAUUGACAAAAAAGCCUUUUUAUUUACUGUGUUUCCGUCAGUCACUGACAUACCUGGGGAGAGAUGUUUUUUUUCUGUUUUUUUAAGUAAUUGGUCUGAACUGUAAUUGACUGUAAUAUUUUUUAACUCGUAUAUGCUAAUAUAUUUGAUCAGUCUCACAAACCUGACAUCAUUCUGUUCUGUUUGUAGUAUAUGUAAUGUUUUGUUCCCUUUCAUUAGACACCUUUAAAUUGCAUUUGUUCAGUUACUUGAUGUUAUUGUAGAUAGGAGAGUGUUUGUUUCUAAUUAUAAUUGAUAUGCUAUGUUGUACACUGGAAAUUAGAAAUCAUAUCAGUUAACCAUUUGUUCAUAUCAGCAAGUGAACUGGGUAUAUUUCAUCACCCUCUGAAAACUCUGUUGCAAUUAUUGACCUAUUUUAAUAUAACAAAUAACUAAUAUGAUCAAUGCUGUUGACUUUAUUGUGUUGAAGAAAUGAUUUGCUCACAUUUUGCACUUUAGUUGCAUUAGCUGUAGUAGAGAGAAUUAAUAUUUAUUGUUGAAUAAAUUAAAAACAUCCAAUUGAUUUCA